AUGCUUCCACAGCUCCUUGCGUCGACAACUUCAAUUUCAAAUAUAUCUGCACCAUUUAUAUCCUCCUACCUUCGAAAGUUAUGCUUCCAUCCCAUUAAUCCAAAUAAGCUCUAUUUGAGCCGUGUUUUCGAAGGAAUAUUGAACCCAUGCUUAGAGACUGGAAGACACUAUGUAAAUGGGACAAACGGAAAAGUUCACUCUGUCCGUGUCCCUUUCCACGAACACAAAGAGAUGGAAAUUUCGGACUACUUCUCCGCCCUCGGUUAUCUUCUCACCCACGCGACCUCAAGCGCCUCGUUCACUCAAGCCAUUCACCUACUCAGCUGUUACGCCGAGUGGUGCCGCGUCUCCUCUUCUGUACUGAACAUCAACACGCCCACUGUUGUCCAGAUGUUAUUUGAUGAUCCCAACUCAUGCAAGUCUGCUUCUUUCCAUACCCUGGACCAGUAUGGGUAUGGGAACAAAUUGAAAUUCAGUCUUGCCUCCAGUAUCUCUGCAGGCAAAGGCGAAGGCCGUGAAGAUGUCAGAGCAAAACGCAUCACAGCUCUUCAGUCUGUAUGGACACAUCCUCUACUUUACCCGUCACCUGUUCAACGAGCCCACGCAUCCGCCGGGAUCGGGUAUGGACGCUCCCCAAUUGAACCAUCUGCGGAGCUCUUCGGAACACCCUGGGGUCAUUGCGGAGAAAGCGUCUCGUUUCCCUCAAUGCAUAAAUCGAUAACCUUAGGUCGUCCCCUUGGUACGUUGGCCCUGAACGUCAAGGCCAUGACUUGUGUCAUCCCAGGGACAAACAUCGUUCCCGUAUACGCUAUGCCAUUGCUUACCAGCCUGGCAGACAUGGUGGAGAUCCUGAAGAUCUCUGGUGCUUUGAGGCCGAUGUGUCUCAAUUGCCUAUAUCUCCGAAAUACCGCGGGGGGUUGCAUUCAAGACCAUGCAGUCAAAUUUUCCACAUUUGCCGACGAUGCUGGGUGA